AUGUUGGUGAAGGAGCUUUUCCCAGAUAUUUUAUGCUUGGCUGAACCUAUGGUUCAACCAGACUUAAGUGCCCCGGGGGUAGACAUCUUAGCGGCUUGGUCUCCAAAAGCCACAGUUUCAGGCUACCAAGGUGACAACCGCUCUGUAAUGUACAACAUUAUAUCUGGAACAUCCAUGUCUUGCCCUCAUACAGCUGGUGCUGCUGCUUAUGUUAAAACAUUUCAUUCUUUAUGGUCCCCUACUGCAAUUAAAUCAGCUUUCAUGACAACAGGUGAUUUAAGAUUUGUAACCAAGGAAGUACACAAUAAUAGGCAGAAUAAGGUUCCAAAUUUGUGGAUUAUUUGGAAGUGUGGGAUAGCUCGUCCAAUUGUUAAAGCAAUAUCGGAACAACAUAUUUCAGUGGAGUGUGACUGGCCUGGUAGCAAGGUUGGCCUAUCUUUUGUUUAUGCGAGUUCUUUCAAUGUAGUUCAUCGCCAGUUAUGGUUAGAGUUGGAAUCGCAGGUUUCAUCGGCGAUCCCAUGGUCUGUUCUUGGAGAUUUUAAUGCAACCUUGCUUUCCAAUGAAAAACGAGGGCCAGGAACCUUUAAUCUUGGCUCUGCUGCGGAAUUCCAGGCGAUGAUAGAUGCUUGUUUGUUAUUACCAAUUUCAUCUACUGGAAAAAAAUUUACUUGGACAAACAAUAGGAGAAGAGGUCAUGUGGCAGCAAUGUUGGAUCGCAACUUUUGUAAUGAAAAAUGGGUAAAUUUUUUCAGAAAUGUUAUGCAGUGUGUCUUGUUGAGUUCGGUAUCAGAUCAUGCUUCGUUGCUUGUGAUUUCUGAUAUUGUCUCAAAGCCGAAUAACAUUCCAUUCAGGUUCCAUGGAUUUUGGAUGGAAAAUGAAAAUUUUCUUCCAGUGGUUGAUGAGGCGUGGAAGAUGCAGAUAAAAGAUGACCCUAUAUAUAUUUUAUCUGAAAAGUUGAAGAGAGUAAAGGGGGUGUUAAAGGUAAGGGCUCAUGAUUCCUUUCCAAAUAUUAAUAUGGAGUUAGAGCAGGCAACGAAGGUUUUAAAAUCGAUCCAAGACUCAAUUGAAGAAUCAGGUAUGUCUGAUGAUCUUUUCAAUAAAGAGGCUAAUGCUAAAACGGCCUUGUUGAUUGCUAGUCGUAGACACGAGGCUCUUUGGGCUGAGAAGGCGAAACUGAGAUGGGUGAAAAAUGGGGACUGCAACUCCAAGCUUUUUCAUCUCUCUGUGAAGAUGAGGAGGUUUCAUAAACCAACCAGUAUUAUAGAACAUCAUGAUCUUCUGGAUUGUAUUCCCAAAAUUCUGUCCAAUGAAGAUGUGGCUAGUCUAGAAGCGAAUCCUGGCAGAGAAGAAAUCAAAAAAGCAAUGUGGGAUAUGGAUCCUGAUAGUUCUCCUGGUCCUGAUGGAUUUCUAGGAAAAUUCUUUAGGAAAUGUUGGGAGAUAGUGGAGACGGACUUUGGUAAGGCAAUUGUUUAUUUCUUCCAAAUGGGAAACUUGCCCAAAGGAAUAAAUAACUGUUUUAUUUCCUUAAUUCCAAAAUCUGAUGGUGCUUCCUCUCUGGAUAAAUUUAGGCCAAUAUGCAUGGGUAAUUUUUUCUGUAAGGUUCUAUCUAAAAUUAUGUCCUCCAGGCUUAUGCCUCUUUUGCCGCGAUUGGUCUCAGAUGAGCUGGGUGCAUUCCAGAAGGGUAAGAUUAUUUCUUCCAAUAUUAGUCUGGCCUCGGAGCUGGCAAAUCUUAUGCAUUCCGCUGUGAGGGGUGGAGGCAUGGGAUUGAAAUUGGACGUGCAGAAGGCAUAUGAAUCCUUAUCAUAG